GUAGGCGUGCGAAGCGCUCCAAGACUGGGUGCUUCCGUUGCGUGAAAAUAGAUCGUAAAGAACACACCGCUGAGUGUUUCACCUUUUUGUGCCAGUCUGUGUGCGCCUGUAGAUAUAGAUUAGUACAUAUGCAGCUAAGUUAAAACGAAAUGGCUGCUGCAUUUAGAAAAUUCAAUUAGUUUCGAGUGCUUAGAGGUAAACAGAGGAAUUUGGAGGAGAAAAAAAUGCGUUUCUGUCCAGUCCACGUAUAUGCAUUCGUAAUAAACAUAGUCUUCUUCGAGGCGAGUCUAGCCCUUGGCGGAGACGGUGGCAAUGAAAUCACAGUGGGUGCCAUUUUCUAUGAAAAUGAAAAGGACAUCGAACUCAGCUUUGAUCAGGCGUUCCGUGAGGUCAACAACUUGAAGUUUGCCGAGCUGCGAUUCGUAACCAUCAAGCGAUUUAUGCCCACUAACGACAGUUUUCUUCUGCAACAGAUUACGUGUGAGCUGAUUUCCAAUGGCGUUGCGGCUAUUUUCGGACCAAGUUCAAAGGCAGCCAGUGAUAUCGUUGCGCAAAUCUCAAACUCGACCGGCAUUCCACACAUUGAGUACGAUUUGAAACUGGAGGCCACGCGCCAGGAGCACCUGAACCACCAGAUGUCCGUCAAUGUGGCACCCUCCCUGUCCGUAUUAUCGCGCGCUUACUUCGAGAUCAUCAAAACUAACUACGAGUGGCGUACCUUCACUUUGAUCUAUGAAACGCCGGAUGGUCUGGCACGCCUUCAGGAUCUAAUGAAUAUUCAGGCUCUAAACAGUGACUACGUGAAGCUUCGGAAUUUAGCAGAUUACGCAGAGGACUACAGAGUACUGUGGAAGGAGGCGGACGAGACCUUCCAUGAACAGCGCAUAAUUUUGGACUGUGAGCCGAAAACUUUGAAGGAGCUGCUGAAGGUUUCCAUGGACUUCAAGCUGCAAGGACCAUUCAGGAACUGGUUUCUCACUCAUCUGGACACGCACAGCUCGGGUUUGAGGGAUAUUUACAAUGAAGACUUCAAGGCCAACAUUACCUCAGUGCGCAUUAAAACAGUUGAUCCAAAUCCCUUUGAUCGAAAGAAGACCCGAAUAACCAAGGUGGAUGAAAUAUUGGGCAACCAAACUAUGCUGCCCAUUUUGAUCUUUGAUGCCGUGGUCCUUUUCGCCAGCUCUGCCCGGAAUGUUAUUUCUGCCAUGCAGUCUUUCCAUCCACCCAACAGACAUUGCGGGAGCCCCUCACCCUGGCUGCUGGGGCCAUUCAUAGUUAACGAAAUGAAAACCAUUUCCGAGGACGAUGUGGAACCGCGCCUUAAGACAGAGAACAUGAAGCUGGACGAAAACGGGCAGCGCACCCACUUUAAUCUCGAGAUCUACAAGCCGACCGUCAACGAGCCCAUGAUGGUCUGGACGCCUGACAACGGAAUAAAGGUGCGUCGCCUCAACCUGGAACUGGAGAGUGCCGGCACUACUCAGGAUUUCUCGGAGCAACGCAAGGUCUACACGGUGGUAACGCACUACGAGGAGCCUUACUUCAUGAUGAAAGAGGACCACGAAAACUUCAGAGGCAGGGAGAAGUACGAGGGGUACGCCGUGGAUCUCAUAAGCAAGCUCUCAGAGCUGAUGGAGUUCGAUUACGAGUUCAUGAUCGUCAACGGCAAUGGGAAAUAUAAUCCGGAGACAAAGCAGUGGGACGGAAUAAUACGCAAACUAAUAGACCACCAUGCCCAAAUUGGCGUCUGCGACCUCACGAUCACCCAAUUGCGACGAUCUGUGGUGGACUUCACGGUGCCCUUUAUGCAACUGGGCAUCAGCAUUCUGCACUACAAGAGUCCUCCGGAACCGAAGAACCAGUUUGCAUUUCUGGAGCCUUUUGCUGUAGAGGUCUGGAUUUAUAUGGUCUUUGCUCAGCUGGUGAUGACUUUGGCCUUCGUCUUUAUCGCUAGACUUUCCUAUCGUGAAUGGCUACCUCCAAACCCCGCCAUUCAGGAUCCCGAUGAACUUGAGAAUAUAUGGAAUGUCAACAACUCUACUUGGCUGAUGAUAGGCUCCAUAAUGCAACAGGGUUGUGAUAUUCUACCCAGAGGUGCCCACAUGCGUAUUCUCACGGGAAUGUGGUGGUUCUUUGCUUUGAUGAUGCUCAGUACCUACACCGCCAACUUGGCCGCCUUUCUGACCAGCAACAAGUGGCAGAGCAGCAUAAAGGGCCUGGAGGACCUGAUCGAACAGGACGAGGUGCACUUCGGCAGCAUGCGCGGCGGCAGCACCUCGUUGUUCUUCUCCGAGUCGAAUGACACCGAUUACCAGCGGGCCUGGAACCAGAUGAAGGACUUCAACCCCUCUGCCUUCACAAGCACCAACAAGGAGGGAGUGGCACGGGUGCGCAAGGAGAAGGGCAACUAUGCCUUCCUGAUGGAGACCACCAGUUUGACAUACAACAUUGAACGGAACUGCGACCUUACCCAGAUUGGCGAGCAGAUCGGGGAAAAGCACUACGGCCUGGCCGUGCCCUUGGGCGCCGAUUACCGAACAAACCUUAGUGUGUCCAUUCUCCAGCUGAGCGAGAAGGGCGAGCUUUACAAGAUGAAGAACAAGUGGUGGAAGAACCACAAUGUCACCUGCGACUCCUUCCACGAGGUGGAUGGUGACGAGUUGUCCAUUAUUGAACUGGGCGGAGUCUUUCUAGUACUGGCCGGGGGCGUCCUUACGGGCGUGGUACUGGGAAUCUUUGAGUUUCUGUGGAAUGUGCAGCACGUUGCGGUGGAGGAGCGUGUAACUCCGUGGCAGGCUCUAAAGGCAGAGCUCGCCUUUGCCCUGAAGUUCUGGGUGCGUAAGAAGCCAAUGAGGAUCUCCAGCAGCAGCGACAAGUCUUCGUCGAGACGAUCAUCCGGCUCCAGGCGCAGCUCUAAAGAGAAGACCCGCAGCAAGACGGCCAGUUAGGAGCUCUAGAAAUCUUGCCAGAGGCUCUUAAGUUGAUUGUAUUUCCAUGAAGAAUCGUCCGAGAAAUGUUGUACUAUGAGCGCACAUAUCUCUAUAUCGAGUCAUACAUAUAUAAAGUUAUUUUAGAAUAAAGAAAACGCAUUUCGUUAUACUGCACUAAGCGGAGAAUUUCUAAGGGAAGAGAAAAAGAAUGUGAACUGUAAUCUUUCUAAAUUACUUUACGAAAAUAGUAUCAUAGUAUCCCUGCUGUUGACAAUAAAAUCUCAUGGAAUAUAA